AUGCCGCUAUCCGACUAUCUCACGAUCACCACACCCACCUCUCUACGCAUGCGCGAAGCUGUUUCCGCCCUCGUACCGCGCGAUCAAGUAGCUAUCACAGGUGCUGCCCUCGAUACUCUCAAGAAAAAACUGCCGCCACACGCUGGUCACCCAGACUUUGGCCAUCUCACUCUUCUCGUCUUCGAAGCCGUUCUCGAGGUAGUAUGUGUCAGUCUGCCCGGAUACAUCGUCGCCCGGCAGGGCAUGUUUGAUGCCGAAUCUCAAAAGUUCCUGGCCAACCUCAAUGUCCAGCUCUUCACGCCAUGCCUCAUUUUCACCAAAUUAGCGUCGCAGCUCACGGCCGACAAGCUCGCCGAUCUGGCCAUAAUUCCAGUUAUCUUCGUUGUGCAGACAUUGGUGUCAUACCUCUGCGCAUUCGCAAUUGGACGUCUACUACGAUUCAAGAAGAGGCAAAAUAACUUUCUGAUCGCUAUGGGCGUCUUUGGCAACUCCAACUCAUUGCCCAUCUCUCUGGUCCUUUCUCUUUCCAAAACUCUGAAAGGACUGCACUGGGAUAAGGUGCCAGGAGACAACGACGAUGAAGUGGCGGCGAGAGGCAUUCUCUAUCUUCUGAUCUUCCAGCAAUUAGGUCAGUUGCUACGCUGGAGUUGGGGUUACAACGUUCUUCUCGCGCCUCCGGAAUCUUACACAGAGGAAGAAGGCGGAACCAAAAGAAUCGACGGCGUCGAGCGAGGUCCGGAUGCGUAUAGGGACGAUCCCUCGGACGACGAGGACCAGGGCCUGCUGAGUCGAAGCUAUGAUCAAGACAGCGACGACUAUUCCGACCAGACCCGCGUUGCUAACUCUCCGACAAUGACGUCGAGCGGUAUCAAGACCCCCGGGACUCCACACAAUAAGUCUGGCUUGACGUCCCGUUCGGAGUCAGCCGAGCAGCUGGCUUACAAUGCUGAGUUGAAUUCGACGCCUGCCAACGGCAUGAUCGCGCCCAAUGGCUACCAUCAACUCCCUGCCUUCAUGAAACCUGAUCCGUACAAGCACUACGAUGAAGACGCUGGGGGAUGGAAAGGCAGCGUUAAUCGUGUACGCAAUCGAAUCCGCGGGUCUCUUUUCAUGCUCCGCAGAAAGACUUGCCGCUUUGCUCAGGCACUGUUCGAUCGGCUUCCGAAUCCUGUUCAGAAAGUAUUGACGGCUAUCGAGUCUGCCGUCACGCGCUUUUUGAACGGGCUUUGGGAGUUCAUGAACCCACCCCUCUGGGCGAUGCUUAUCGCCAUUAUUGUGGCGUCUAUUCCUGCCCUGCAGGACGCAUUCUUCCGUCGGGGCAGUUUCUUACGCAACUCUGUGACCCGUGCUGUGGAGCAGAGUGGUGGUGUGGCUGUUCCUCUCAUUUUAGUCGUUCUAGGUGGAAACUUGGCGCGGAAUACACUGCCUAAUGACCCCUCUAGCAGAAUCGCGGACCCAAAGGAAGAACGCAAGCUUCUGAUAGCAUCUUUGGUCUCCCGAAUGUUGUUACCGACUAUCAUUAUGGCGCCUUUCAUUGCCUUGGUGGCGAAAUAUGUUCCCGUCAGCAUUGUAGACGACAAAAUCUUUCUUAUUGUCUGCUUCCUACUUACGGGUGCGCCUACUGCCCUUCAACUGGCCCAGAUCUGUCAAAUCAAUAACGUCUACAUGCCGGUCAUGGCGAAGAUCCUCUUCCAGAGCUACGUUGUUUGGAUUUUGCCAUCGACACUCAUUCUGGUCUUGCUCGCGCUGGAGACUGUUGAAUGGGCGACGGUCUAG